AUGAACCACUCCGAUCACGAGGAGAAGGAGGCCGGCCUGGCGGCCGCCUACCCUGAGAGCCCGCACGGAAACGCGUACCCCGCAGCCAACACAGCAGACCGCGACGAAGACAGGAUGAGCUAUGCGGACACAGUCGUGAGCGACUCGAACUUUAAGCCGAUGGGAGUCCUCAAGGUCGAGGCGGCCGAGGCGUUCUGGAACCACAAGACCAAAUGGAUCCUCUUCGGCUCCCUACUCCUCGCAGCAUACGUCUACUCGCUGGAUGGCAUGACGACGUACCUGUACAAUGCCGCUGCGUGGUCCGAGUUUGGCCUACACUCGAGCCUGGGCAGAGUCCAGACUGCAAACUCGAUCAUCAUCGCGGUUGGCAAGCCGUUCUGGGCCAAGCUGUCAGACGCAUACGGUCGCGGCGAAGCGUUCCUCGGCCUCGCCAUCCUCUACGGUGUCGGGUACGCUGUUAUUGCCGGUGCGCAAGGAGCGGGGGCCAUGUACGCCGGACAGGUCAUUUACACGCUCGGAUACACGGGUCUCCAGAUCCUUCUCCAGAUCAUCGUUGCCGACCUCACCACCCUGCGCUGGCGUGCCCUCGUCAACAGUAUUCUCACCGUGUGGUUCAUCUUGAACGCGUUCGUGGCUGCCGAGAUCUCGGCACGCGUCACCAACUGGCGCUGGGGAUACGGCAUGUUUGCAAUCUUGAUGCCUGCAACCCUGCUACCAGUCAUCAUCUCCUUGCUCUGGGCACAGUGGAAGGGCAAGAAGAUCCUCAAAGAGCGCGGGGUGCAGGCGGUCAAGGAGCCUCCCAUGGCGCGUUUGAAGCGCGCCCUCAUUGAGAUGGACUUUGUCGGUCUCCUUCUACUCGGCAUGUCACUCGCCCUCAUUCUCCUCACCUUUGCUUUAGUUUACAAGGCGAAUGGCAAGUGGAAGAACCCCAGCAUGAUCGCAAUGCUUGUCGUCGGCUGUAUCCUCUUCCCAAUCUUCCUGGCGUACGAGUGGAAGGUCCCUGCGCGUCCCGUCUUUCCCAUGCGCUGGUUCCGCCGCCUCCCCAUCUUCGGCGCCUGCCUCAUCGGUUUCCUUGACUUUGUCUCCUUCUACCUCCAGUUUACCUACCUCUACUCGUUUGCAUCGGUGACGGUCGACUGGGCCAAGCCACAGCACCUCACUUACUUCACGUACACUCAGACGCUGUGUCUGACAUUCUUUGGCAUCUGUGCCGGCGCGUUCAUGGCCUGGACGCGUCGCUUCAAAUGGAUGAUCACUGUUGGUCUCUGCAUCCGCCUCCUCGGCUGUGGACUUAUGCUCCACGCCCGCGGCCCCAGUGGCAACAUGGCCUCUCUCGUCAUGUGCCAGGUCCUCCAAGGCAUCGGCGGCGGUAUUGCCCACACUGCCAUGAUUGUGGCCGCCCAGGCCUCCGUCUCGCACAUUGAUGUCGCGACCGUCACGGCCGUCGUCCUGCUCCUUACCGAGGUUGGUAACUCUGUCGGCUCGGCCGCGGCCACCGGUCUUUGGCAGGAAUACAUGCCCGGCGAGCUGGCCACCUUUGUCCCGACCAACAACCAGACCCUUCUUACCGAGCUCUUCGGCGACAUGACCUCGAUUGUUGCCCUGCCCCCGGGAGACCCGAUCAAGCUCGGUGCCAUCACUGCCUACGAGCACAUGAUGCACCGCCUCGUUGUUGGCGCCACUGUCGUUGCCAUCUUCCCCAUCAUCGUGUCGAUCUUUAUGAUCAAGGACAUCCGCCUCACCGACGCCCAGAACGCCUACGACGGCAAGGACCUCGAGGGCAAGCCGGUCGAGGAGGCCGACGAACUCUACCAGAUCGAGAAGGAGGAGAUGGCCCACCGCAUCAACCGGCACUCCUCUGCCACUGCUGCUUAA